AUGCUCAAUGUUGUGCUCGCAGGGGGACGGGGAGGCAAGUCGUCCCUGUCAAUUUCUGAAGCUCUUGCUCACAUAUGUGUGGGAAAGGAAAUAUCAGACGCUCUGCUGGAGAGAGGAAACGCCAGGGUCACCGUCUUCACGAGGAAAUCGGCUCACAAAGCAGCUGGCCAGGCAUCCGAGAAUGAUGAUGCUGACCAAGGCAAUGGCCCCAACUAUAGGGUCGUAGAGGUGGACUACCUCGACACGGACGAAUUAGUGCUCAACCUGAAAGGCGUCGACGUUGUCUUGAGCUUUGUGCUGGACUAUGAGAACCGGGUGCAAAAGGCUCUUAUCAACGCAUGCGUGUUGGCCAAGGUCAAGAGAUUUGCGCCAAGUGAAUGGGUCUGGGGCAACUACUCUGGCAUCGAGCUAUUCAAGUACAAGGACGAGAUACGACAAUACCUGGAGCACCUCAACGCUCGGGAAACCGUGCUCGAGUACUGUCUCUUCCAGCCCGGCAUGUUCAUGAACUACCUGAGCUUCCCCAAGCCGUCGGCGGAGCACCUGCACCCCUCGCCGAUUCCCAUCGACAUUCAAAACUGCAAGGCUCUGGCGCUGAAGGGCGAAGAGCCACAUGUUGUCUUCACCACCGUCCAGGAUCUGGCCAGAGUGGUCGCUCUCGCCGUCGAAUAUGAACAGCCCUGGCCGCCGGUUGGCCAUAUUCAGGGCUCGAGGACCACUAUACAAGAUCUCGUCAAAUUGGGAGAGGAAAUCCGAGGAAAACCGUUCCAAACAUACUCAAUUCCUCGGGAGGACGUCGAGCUCGGGAAGCUGGAAAGUCCGUGGAUCCCUCGCAUCAUCCACUCCUCAAUACCGCCGGAAAAGAUCGAAGAAAUGAGCAGACAAUUGGCCACCAAUUGGCUUUUAGCUGCCUCUCGAGGCUGUGUCGACAUGUCGCCAACCUGGAACCGUCUCCUACCUGAGUUCAAACCAACUACGGUCGAGGAGUUUCUCAGAGAGCAUUUUUCAGCUGAUUGA